AUGGCAAAGCACUAUGGCUGUGCGAGGUUGAAGGCCCAAGGUGUUGUGCGCCAUCCCGACGACGCCGUCCCCGUGCUUCACUCGAAGAGAUCGUUGACGACGAACCCCCGUAUUCCCUGGUUCCAGAUGAUUAAUGGCUUCUUGAUUCCGACAGUGGGCUUUUACUGCGGCCCGGAUGGUAACAUGCGCACCCAUUAUCUCGGUAACCCGCCGUUCGUCGAGGGUCCGAUUCCGCCUUUGCCUCGCUCCGCGCGCUUUCAGCUCGCAGACGCUGCGUCUACGGCUUGUCCUGUUCCUCCAACUGCGACAUCGCCCGUCCUCGACAAGCCUGGUCAUUCUUCAACAUCAACUAGUUCGCCCACAACAACGUCAGCAGGCACCAACGCCCCUCCAAACGCCACAGAGCCAGCUCCGAUCACAACCGAGAUACGGUCUGCGACCUCUCAGGGUGCGCCUCCUCAGCCGACCUCAGCAUACUCCUCGAAGGACGUUUCAACGUCAGCGCGGAUGACGUGGUCGAUGUCAUUGAUGCAGAUCUAG